GCGGCGCUGUCUCUUUAAAUGCGCAUCGUACCUGCCUGCUAGCGGAGGCUUGUAAAAGCCGGCGUGAGCACGUUAUUAUUAAACCAGAUGUCAUCUGAGUUUAGCAUGCAGAGGAGAGAGAGGAAGACAGAGAGAGAGAGGAAGAGAGAGGAGAUAGAGAGAGAGAGGAAGAGAGAGGAGAGAAAGAGAGGUGUUCAAACGGGAGCUUCCUAAUGUAAUAAUAUCGUCAUUUUAAGAAAAAAAUGCAAUACUACGUUGCCGUGUUCUCCAUCAGAAAUCUACCUCAUCAUCAACGAAGAGAAGCAUCGAAGACAAUGCUGUAAUAAUAAUAAUAAUAAUAAUAAUAAUAAUAAAUUGAAGGCUGGUGGUUUUGAAAUACCUAGCAACGAGAAGACGGGACCCGCGCAACGAAGCACAGGGGCCGGAGGAUUUGUGGUCUUAGCAAAAGAGAGCCACCUGCUCAGGACACAGGAACACGCCGAGAACAGGGGUGUCUCUUCGGUGCGUGUCCCGGGACCCCUGUCAUGAACCGGACCGCGGCGGACAGCGUGCACCUGCUGGCCAGCGCAGACUGUUUCAUAAUAACGCUAACGAUACAACUGCUGCAUCACUGUCAGUGCGGAGGCAGCCGCAGUGCAUAGGGGUCACCCCGCAGUCGCAGAAGCCGCUCUGCGGGUGAAUUUCGCUAAGGGGAACAGUACUGUUAAUAAUUACAGAACUAUACACCAAUGCGCCGGCAGACGGUUCAAUUAUUAAUGCUAUUACACACUGGCCUAUGACUUUGGUGUUUUUUUUUUUCAUGCAUCCCUGUUAUGCAAGACGCUGCAUAAAUAAUUGACUGUAACUGAUUUACUGUUUUGUGUUUAUUUAUUUGUGUACGUUUUUAUCUGUCUGGCUAGCUAGGUAGCUGUUUUAAUUACAGCCCAGGACGCACGGGUCUCUGCAGAAGUCAGAAGUGUUUUGUUUCUUUUUCUAGUUGUCUUUGAUAAGGUAUCAAGGUACAAGUGGACUGCAGACCGGUUAAUAAACGGCACCGUCGCACACGUGACUCUGGAGAAAAAAAAUAGCUAAUCUUUUGAAGCACACGGCCGACCUCAGACUAUGAACUCUGCCUUGCACGCCAGCACUGUGUCAGAAAAGCACACCCGUUCCGGCGCUUUCAAAGACUGAAGGCAGAAGAUAUAGGAAGCCGGGGACAUUUUUAAUAAAAAAAUACCAUUUUGUUACAGUUUGGAGAAUUAUAUGCCUAUUAUAUUGAAAUCUGUGAUUUUUUUUUUAUGAGGCAAAAAAUUAAAGGACAGUUAAAUCAUAUUUCUUAACAACUUAAUUACCAAUACAAAACCUUAUUAAAAAAUAAUUAAAAAAAACACACACACAAAAUCUGUGAUUGACAGCACACCAUGCCUCUCAGAAGAAAGAAGUCCCGCCUUCUCCUGCACACCCAGGUCCCGGCCCGGGUAACGGAGAGCUUCAUCCUCUCCGGGUACCGAUUCCCCGAUUACAGCUUCCUGGAGUGCCUGCUCUCCGCUUUCCAGCCCACCAACGAGACCGGCAACUUCUGGACCCACUUCCUGGCCGUGUUCGUGUUCGCCCUCUCUUUUCUGGAGCUCUUCGCCUCCUGGGAGCCGACCCCUUCCUUUUCCGACCCCUUCUUCUACCCGCUCUGGACCUACUUCAUCGGGGUGUUCGGGCUGCUCCUGGCCAGCAGCAUGGCGCAUCUCUUCAACUCCAUGUCGCUCCUGGUGCGUGAGAUCUGCUUCUUCGUGGACUACGGCACCAUCAGCGCCUACACGGUGGGCUCUUCCUUGGCUUACUUCUACUACAUCCACCCCCAGGCGACAGCCGCCCCCGCCAACGUGUCCACCGACCCCUGGCUUGUGCGAAGCGUCGGGCAGGCGGUGAGCGCCCCUCAGCCUGCGCCCCAGCGGUCUCUCCGCGGAGCCGGCUUCUUCGAGACCCUGUACAUCCCCAGCGCUUGCCUCGUUGCCGUCAUCUGCACGCUGGCUUGCUGCAGCACACGGCGGCGGUGGCGGAGGUACCGCUACUUCAUCCGGACUUUUGUUUUCCUGCUCCCGUUCACCGUGGCUUCUGCCCCCAUUUUUUACCGCCUUUACGCGGGACCCCAGAACGGAACCCUGGCGCCCUUUUUUUAUCGCCACUGCUUCUGGCUGUUGGCCUCGGCGGUGUUUAACGUCAGUAAGAUCCCGGAGCGCUUUUCCCCAGGGAGGUUUGAUAUCUGGGGGCACAGCCACCAGUGGUUUCACUGCUGCACCUUCAUGAGCAUCCUGGACGAGCUGCGCAUGAUCAAGGGCGAAAUCCGCGGGCUGUCCGCCGUCGCCGCCGCGGCCGCUCAGCUCCCGCUGGCCGCCUCGACGCUGUGCUCCACCUACGGGGUGAUGUUCGGCGUGCAGUGUUGCAUCGGCGGGAUCAUAUCUGCUUUCGCUGUGCGGGCUUCAGCGGACCACAACGAGAAGGCUGUGGACGUCGACCAGAGGAAAUGCAACUGAAAUAGUGUUCCAGGAAUAUCUGAAUUAGUGCAGUAUAAUAAUAAUAAUAAUAAUAAUGGUGUUAUUAUUAUUAUUGCCUCCAGUUUGCACGCUAACCUAUUGGAGUCCAAAAUGAAUAAAUCUGGGCAGCUGGCCUUUGGGAAUACUGUAUGUGUGUUUGUACAAAAAUAUAUACACGCCAUACAAAUAGAUGAAUCAAGCAUUGCGUAGUUUGCUAAAGUAGAACCAUACCUUUCAAUUGUAGUUAUGUGAUUAAAAAAAAAAAAAUAAUAAUAAA